GUUCCUUCCUUCCGCAUUCCUUUUUUCUGUAAAUUAGAAGGAGAGACUCUUGUAUCUUUGCCUUUAAUCAAUCAUAUCUUCUCCGUGUUUCCUCCUUUUUUUUUGUUUGAAUUCAUAGCUUAAAAAUCCCAAAACCCACUAAGAAUAUUUGAAUUACUCAAACUUCUCUGUCAACUAAAAUUACUCUCAAAAGUCAAACAGAGAGAAACAAUGUAUCCGAAGGUGAAGGUGAGGAGCCAGGACACAGAUGAUCAGCGAUCAGGAGAUGAUCAAAUCAGAAAUUAUUCGCUGUUUUUGAAUGAUUUUCAGUCUUUCUCUAUUUAUGAUUCUUCUUCUUCAGUGAAGGAGCAUCAAGAUGUUUCUCAACCAUUAGUGGCAAGGAUGCCAAAGAAUUACGUACCGGAUAUUAUCAGACCCACAACAUCUGACCAGAAAGGAGCUGAAAAGAACAACGAAAAAUCUUAUGAUGACAACAAAUCAAAUAUUAGGGCUAGUCCAGUUCCACGCCCCCGUGCUGUCCUCUCUAGUCCUGGUAAUUUCAUUUUACUUCAUUUAGAUAGAGUAUAUAUUUUUCUUGUUUGUUGCUUUCCAUAUUUUCAUGCAGUUUGGCAAGUAUCAAAGGUAAUGUGCAUGCAUUUCAUUAUUAAUCUUGAUUGGUGA